AUGAAAUUUUCAUCUUAUCUUGCUGUACUUUUUUUUGUAGCUGUAAUAUAUAAUGCAGCUGGUGAAAAAAAAAUUCCUAGUAAAUUUAUAGGAAAAUUUGAACUUGAAAAGAGUGAAAAUUUUGAUGAAUAUCUUAUUGCUAAAGGAUUUGGAUGGUUUAUGAGAAAGAUGAUCUCUCUUGCUUCAGUUACAAAAAUUUUUGAAGAAUCUAAAACUUCUGGAAAGUAUGUUAUGAAAAAUCUUACUUCUAAAAAAAAUACCGAGUAUGACAAUAUUGUUCUUGGGGAGGAAUUUGAAGCUGAAGGACUUGACUCAACUCAACAUAAAAUAACUUUUGAUUAUAAUCCAGAUAAAGAUAUUAUUACUGAAAAACACAUAAGACUUGAGGAACCAAAUGAUAAAGGAGAAACUUAUGAAUACAAAAUUGAUGGUGAUUAUCUUGUAAUGAAAAUGGAAUACAAUGGUGUCACCACAAAUAGAUACUAUAAACGUAAUUAA